AUGUCGUCUUCCUACGUAUCGCUCAAUGCUUUGGGCACGUCCAAAGAUGAUUAUAAGACCAAUCCAGAGGAGAAUGCCAACAUCUUCUCGAUUAUAACAUUCCACUUCAUGUCGAAGCUGAUGAAGAUUGGUGUAAAGAAGCCUUUGAUGAGUGAGGAUGUCUAUCCUAUAUGUCAAUGUGAUAAGGCUUCAACACUCUACGAGUCAUUCCAGCAUUACUGGAAUCCACAUACAUCGACCACCCAAGACAAGUACAAGGGUCGCUCACUACUCGGAGCACUCAACUCUGAGUACGGCUGGAAGUUCCAUACAGCCUUUCUUCUCAAGCUUGGUGCCGACGCCAGCGAAUACGUCUAUCCACUGAUGAUCUAUAAGUUGACCAACUUUGUGGAGGACAAGGACGAACCAUACUGGCAUGGUCUGGUAUACACAGCCUUCCUUCUAUUGGCCUACUUGCUCAACACAUUCUUGUUGGGCCUGUGGGAGUAUAGAGUAUAUCGUGUAGCCUUCAACGUUAGGUCAGCCCUGACAUCAGCCAUUUAUAAGAAGUCUUUAUCUAUAUCCAAUGCCACUAGAGAGAAGGAUAACAAAGGAAAAGGAAACCUUGUUAACCUUAUCACAGUGGAUGUGGACGCCGUUGCCGCCAUGAUCGAGUUCGUCCACUUUGCAAUGACCAUCCCAUUCCAAAUGCUCGCAUCCGUAUAUCUACUCUAUAGACUACUUGGCUACAGUGCACUGAUAGGCUUCAGUACACUGUUGCUGUUCGUCCCCCUGAAUAUCUACUCUGCCAUCAAACAGUCUGACCUUGCCACUGAAGUGAUGAAGAGAAAGGAUGUCAGGACAAGCCAGGUCGCCGAGGCCAUCAAUAGCAUAAGAGUACUCAAGUUCUACGGAUGGAUGAAGUUGAUGUACGACAGGAUCAUGAUGUUGCGUAGUGAGGAGGUCAAGCAGUAUAGGAAGAUGUUCAUCUUCAACUCAUUCCUAUAUCUGUUGUGGUUCCUACUUCCAGACUUUGUAACAGUUACCACCUACUGUGUCUACGCACUCUUUGGCAAUCAAUUGGACAUGAGCAUCAUCAUUGCCUCCCUAUCACUAUUCUUCAUCAUCCAAUUCCCUCUAAGUCUGUUACCACAUGUCAUUGCUACUACAUCAGUAUCAAUGGUGUCUGUUAGGAGAAUAGAGACAUUCCUCAGGAACAAGGAGUUGGAGAAGCCAUUCGAAUCAUUGUCGGGUACAACAUCAUUUGGAACUGUUGACCCGGACUUUGAGACCAAGAACCUGGCAUUGUCCAUCACAGACGCAUCCUUCAUCUGGAAGGAGGUCGAUGCUGUUGAUGAGGAGGACGAUGAGAGUGGCGACGACAAAGACAAAGAUGACUCGGCCUCCAAGUCAAAGAAGAAACAAUCUUCCAAAGCCAAGGGCAAGGGCAAGGACAAGGAUGAGUCCAAGCAAAACCUACUCAUCAAUGACGACGUCAGCAUCAACAAUCGUGAUGGCUUGGACGAUCCAUUCAAGGUGGAGGAGUCCUGUCUCACAGACAUCACUUUGAGCGUGCCACAAGGAUCGCUCACAGUCGUCGUCGGUCCAGUGGGUAGUGGCAAGAGCAGCUUGUUGUCCGCAAUGCUCGGAGACAUGACCGUUGUCAAGGGCGGUUUGUCACGUAUUGGAACAGUGGCAUACGUUAGCCAGCUCCCAUGGAUAAUGAACGGAACUCUACGCGACAACGUGCUGUUUGGAAGCGAUUACGACGAGGAGAAGUACCAACACACACUAAAUGUCUGCUCAUUGCAGCCGGACAUCGAGCUUCUUGCCAAAGGCGACCUGAGCCAGAUUGGCGAGAAGGGUAUCAACCUGUCCGGUGGCCAGAAGAUGCGUCUGUCCAUCGCCCGUGCUGUCUACAACGACGCUGAGAUACUCAUUCUCGAUGACCCACUUGCCUCUCUCGACAUCCACGUCGCGCAGUCUGUGUUCCAGCAGGCCAUUCUCCCCCUGGUGCCCAAGAAGACCGUGAUCUUGGUCACACACCAGCUGUUCCCACUCGAGUUCUCGAGCCAGAUCAUCACGAUGAGCGAUGGCCGCGUUGAGAACAUUGGCAAGUACGACCAGCUGUCUAAGGAGAGCUGGGAGAUCUACCAGUUCAAGAACGCCGAGGCCAAGAAGGAGGACGAGGCGCGCAAGGAGAAGGAGAAGAAAGACGAAGAGGAAGAGGAAGAAGAGGACGAGGACGACGAUGAUGACCUCAUCAUCGAAGAGGAGAGGAACACUGGUAAGGUCACCUACAAGGAGUACCUGACCUACCUCGGAAAGAUUGGUGUCGGCUUUGUAUCCAUGACGUUCAUCCUGUCGAUGGUGGCACCUGGCCUAUCUGUGUUUGGCAACUGGUGGCUCACGCAUUGGUCACAGGAGUGGGAUAAGAAGGACCAUCCCUCGCUGCUCUACUACCUCGGCAUCUACUUCCUGUCAUCCAUUGGUAUGUCGUUGUGCGUCUUCCUCAUCUCGCUGCUCAGCAUGUUUGGUGGUCUGUCCGCCAGCCAAGGCUACCACAAGCAGGCGCUGGACCACGUGCUCAACUCACCCAUCCAGUUCUUUGACCAGAACCCCUCAGGACGUAUAAUCAAUCGAUUCAGCAAGGAUGUCAGCAAGCUGGAUGACGCGCUGCCCAACUCUAUGCGCAGCUCCAACGACUCAUUCAUGAGAGUGAUGGCCAUCAUCAUAAUGAUCGCCAUCGCAUCGCCAAUUGUCCUCGUCCUGUUGAUACCCAUUGCCAUCUGCAUGUGGGUGCUCAAGAACUGGUUCAUCAACAACGCGCGAGAGCUACAGCGUCUCACAUCGGUCACUCUCUCCCCGGUCAUCUCGCACUUUACCGAGACAUUGUCAGGUCAGCAGAUCAUCCGCGCCUACUCAUCCUCAGACAGAUUCCUCAAACUCAUGAUGGACAAGGUCGAUGAGAACACACGUAUGACCAUCUCAGAGGAGUGGGUCAGCCAAUGGGCAUUCCUCCGACUUGGAAUCCUGUGCUCGGCGUUCGUCGCAUGCACCGCCCUCUCAGCCACAUUCCUCCGUGGCCAUCUCUCGCCCGCACUUAUCGGCCUUGCUCUGUCCUACGCCGUUACCAUGACUGGCGAGCUCAACUGGAUGUUUGUCCAGUUCACACUCGUCGAGACUGAGAUGAACAGUGUUGAGCGUCUUCAACACUAUUGCGAUCUGACAAAGGAGGCCCCUGCCUUUGUCAAGGACAACCAGGUGCCCCCAUCAUGGCCCAACGCAGGCAGGAUAACAUUCAAGAACUACUCCAUGAGGUACCGUCCCGAGCUGCCACCCUCACUGUCCAACAUCAAUCUGUCGAUCGAGCCAGGCUCAAAGGUUGGCAUAUGCGGUAGAACUGGAGCAGGAAAGAGCUCACUACUUCUCGGUCUGUUCAGGCUGGUCGAGUCCAGCGAGGGAUACAUCGAGAUCGAUGGCUACGACACUUCCAAGAUCGGCCUACAAGACUUGCGAACUCAAAUGUCCAUCAUCCCACAGGACCCAGUGUUGUUCGCAGGCACACUACGCUACAACCUUGAUCCAUUCGACAGCUCGACAGACUCUGAGAUCUGGGACAUCCUGGAGCGAGUUCACAUGAAGGAUAAAAUCAAGAGCCUUGACGCACUGGUCACAGAGGACGGCGGCAACUUCUCGGUUGGACAACGUCAGUUGUUGUGUCUGGCUGGCCAGGGCAUUGCUCAGGAAGUCCAAGAUCAUUGCGCUGGAUGA